UAGUAUUGCGGAUGUAUCUGUCCGUAAAUCGUACCCAUUAACCAUACGCGUUAACUUAUCAUUUUCUUGAAGCAUUUUGGCAUGUUCGUAUUCUUUGUUCAUCCUUCUGGUGUUUUAACCUCUUGCGCUCUGAGCAGUCGAGCUGUGUAUACUGUUGUCUCGCAAAUAAGUGCAGUUACGGUAGUUAGGCUCAUUGCGAAUUCAGAUUAAAGGUCACCUAAGUUAUUUCAACUGACCUUGUGCGUGACAAUGUUAAAUCUGGCUACUUGCUCUCGCAGUUUGUGUGAUUACUGACUAUUUUUCGGACCAACCGUCUUUGGCUUGGCUAACAAGUUGUUAUGCCUGUUGCUGGUCCAUGGGUGUGAGUCGACUGGAUGUAUUUUACAGAAGGCUCCUCCUCAGCAAACUCUUCAUUGGGGGGUGGGGAAAGCCUGAAGAUCUCAAGAGAAUUUUUGAGUUCCGUAAGGUCAUUGCAGACAGAGAGAGUUGUAAGUCUCUGGUGCCCAAGGACUAUCCGGUUUCAAUUAACAAGACAGAGGCACAUGCUGAUUGUUACAUCCAUGACGGUGUCUUCAUUUCACCUUUGGAGCACUUAGUACCUGGAAUCCUGCCAACGGAGGCUGUGAAAGCAAGGUUCCAGUUUAUAGUGCCUAAAAGAUGGCAGAGCAACAGACCAGUAUGCAUUCACUUAGCUGGGACUGGGGAUCAUUUUUUCUGGCGCAGAAGGACCCUGAUGGCCAGGCCUAUGGUCAAAGAAGCAGGGAUGGCUUCUCUACUUUUGGAGAACCCUUAUUAUGGCUAUCGAAAACCAAAAGACCAGUUGCGGUCCUGCCUAAAGAAUGUGUCAGACCUGUUUGUGAUGGGUGGCGCUCUGAUUUUGGAGUCAUCUGUGCUUCUCCAUUGGCUUGAGAGUGAGGGCUACUCACCUGUUGGAAUGACCGGUAUCUCCAUGGGAGGAUACAUGUCGUCCUUAGCAGUGACUAAUUGGCCGAAGCCUAUCCCUCUGAUUCCCUGUCUGUCAUGGUCCACUGCCUCGAGUGUCUUCACCACGGGUGUGCUAAGUAAAGCAGUGAAUUGGUCGGAGCUGGAGAAGCAAUAUGCUAUCAAUUCAGUGUAUGAAGAAGAGAUCAUUAAGCUGUUGGAGUAUUGUGGGGCUGACUCCUUCAAGGUGGCUCAAAGGUUUGCCAAACAUUCUUUAGAGCAUGUACUAGACCAGCCUAGAGAGGACAACUUGUCAGUGGGCUGCUACUCCAGCGCAGGGGCAAAGGCAGGAAUUGGGCCUGGCCUGUGGAUCAGAGACGGAGUUGCUGGGCACCCUUUAGACACAUUGUCAGUGGACAACACCAAGACAGGUUUAGACCCUUUACCAAGUGACUUCCAAGCAAACAAAUCACUGAUUGGGAACAAGGCGGAUUCAGCCCCAAUUGGUCGGCCAUCAUUACACAGUGAGUCGAUAAGCUUCAUGAAGGGAGUGAUGGACGAGUGUACACACAUGGCCAACUUCUCCGUCCCCGUUGACACCAGUCUUAUCGUCGUGGUUCAGGCCAAAGAGGACGCCUAUAUCCCUCGGACAGGGGUCCUCAGUCUACAGGAGAUCUGGCCUGGAUGUGAAGUUCGUUAUCUGAAUGGAGGACAUAUCAGUGCUUAUCUUUUUAAACAGAACGUCUUCAGACAGGCCAUCUAUGAUGCGUUCAACAGAUUCUGCCUGAAGUAUCCCCACCUUGUGUAGCCAUGGAAACCCUAAAGGCCCUUAGCCCUGUAACAGUAGCUUGCACUGUGCUGGGUGUGUGUUUGCGUGAAUUUUUUUCCUCCUUGUAUACAGUACACAAUACAGUUCUUCCAAACCGUC